AUGAGCAGCCACGCCAACAGUUUGUUUCUACGGGAGAGCGGCCAGCGGCUGGGCCGGGUGGGCUGCCUGCAGCAACUGCAGGAGAGCUUACAACAGAGAGCACUCCGCACCCGCCUGCGCCUGCAGACUAUGACCCGGGAGCACGUGCUACGCUUCCUGCGCCGCAAUGCCUUCAUCCUCUUGACUGUCAGCGCGGUGGUCAUCGGGGUCAGCCUGGCCUUUGCCCUGCGCCCAUACCAGCUCACCUACCGCCAGAUCAAGUACUUCUCGUUCCCUGGAGAGCUGCUCAUGAGGAUGCUGCAGAUGUUGGUGCUGCCCCUCAUUGUGUCCAGCCUGGUCACAGGCAUGGCAUCUUUGGACAACAAGGCAACAGGGAGGAUGGGGAUGAGGGCAGCUGUGUACUACAUGGUGACCACAGUCAUCGCUGUCUUCAUUGGCAUCCUCAUGGUCACCAUUAUCCAUCCUGGGAAGGGCUCCAAGGAGGGGCUGCACCGCGAGGGGCGGGUUGAGCCCGUCCCCACAGCUGAUGCCUUCAUGGACCUGGUCAGAAAUAUGUUUCCACCCAACCUUGUGGAGGCCUGCUUCAAACAGUUCAAGACACAGUAUAGCACAAGGGUGGUAACCAGGACCAUUGUGAGGACAGAGAACGGAUCUGAGCCAGGUGCCUCCAUGCCUCCUCCAUCCUCAGUGGACAAUGGGACCAGCCUCCUAGAAAAUGUCACAAGGGCUCUGGGCACCCUGCACCAGGUGCUGAGCUUCGAGGAGAUCGUGCCAGUGCCCGGCUCAGCCAAUGGCAUCAAUGCACUGGGCCUCGUGGUCUUCUCUGUGGCCUUUGGGCUGGUCAUCGGUGGCAUGAAGCAUAAAGGCCGAGUCCUGCGGGACUUCUUCGACAGCCUCAAUGAGGCUAUUAUGCGGCUGGUGGGCAUCAUUAUCUGGUAUGCACCUGUGGGCAUCCUCUUCCUGAUUGCUGGGAAGAUCUUGGAGAUGGAAGAUAUGGCCGUUCUGGGGGGUCAGCUGGGCAUGUACACGCUGACAGUCAUCGUAGGCUUGUUCCUCCAUGCUGGCGGUGUCCUCCCCCUCAUCUACUUCCUCAUCACCCACCGGAAUCCCUUCCCCUUCAUCGGGGGUUUGCUGCAGGCCCUCAUCACUGCCAUGGGCACGUCAUCCAGCUCUGCAACUCUGCCUAUCACCUUCCGCUGCCUGGAAGAGGGCCUGGGUGUGGAUCGCCGCAUCACCAGGUUUGUGCUGCCUGUGGGAGCCACGGUGAACAUGGACGGCACUGCCCUCUACGAGGCCCUGGCCGCCAUCUUUAUUGCCCAGGUCAACAACUACGAACUCAACCUGGGCCAGAUUACAACCAUCAGUAUCACAGCAACAGCAGCCAGUGUUGGGGCUGCUGGCAUCCCACAGGCUGGUCUGGUUACUAUGGUGAUUGUGCUCACAUCAGUCGGCCUGCCCACAGAAGACAUCACUCUUAUCAUAGCCGUAGACUGGUUCCUUGACCGGCUUCGCACUAUGACCAAUGUCCUAGGGGACUCCAUCGGAGCAGCUGUUAUUGAACACCUGUCUCAGCGGGAGCUGGAGCUUCAGGAAGCAGAGCUCACCCUCCCCAGCCUGGGAAAGCCCUACAAAUCCCUGCAAGAGAAGGGGGUGUCCAGGGGGCGCGGAGGAAAUGAGAGUGCCAUGUGAAGUGUCCCCAGCCCUG